CCUCCCCACCGCGAUGCCCUCUGCCUCAGAUCCGAGCUCGCCGACCCGCCGCCCGGCGUCCCUGCACGGUCCGGAGGAGGCUUGGUGGCUCCGUGUCUACCAGACGUAGGUGGAUGCAGUUAGCGCCGGAGGCCGGCCCAGCCCUCCCCCGGCGGCCUUCUCGCCUCCUAGGGUUGCCGGGGUCGCCCGCCGUGCUGCCGCCUUCUCCCCCAGAUUUUCAGCUACUGAUGUUACAAACAAAAUAUUGGAGCAUAGAGUUGAGGAAAAGACUUAAACCAGAUUUUUCUUCAAUUAGUUAAAAAUAUGGAUCCUGAAGGAGAGAGACCACAGAUUUGCAAUGUGACACCUUUUCAACAGAUUGUUGCCUCUUGUACUGGGGCCAUACUGACAUCACUAAUGGUGACACCCCUGGAUGUUGUUAAAAUUCGACUGCAAGCCCAAAGCAACCAAUUUUACAAAGGAAAAUGUUUUGUAUAUAAUAAUGGACUUAUGGAUCAUCUCUGUAUCUGUGAAGAGGAAGGCAACAAGGCAUGGUAUAAGAAGCCAGGAUAUUUCCGGGGAACAUUAGAUGCAUUUUUGAAAAUCAUUCGAAAUGAGGGCGUUAAAUCUCUGUGGAGUGGCCUUCCCCCUACCUUAGUAAUGGCAGUACCUGCUACAGUUAUCUAUUUUACCUGCUAUGAUCAAUUAACUGCUCUCCUGAAAUCUAAAUUAGGAGAAAAUGAAAGCCAUAUACCAAUUGUUGCUGGAAUUGUGGCCAGGUUUGGUGCAGUAACUGUAAUAAGUCCCUUAGAAUUGAUAAGAACCAAGAUGCAAUCUAAGAGGUUUUCUUAUAAGGAGCUGCAUCAAUUUGUCAGCAAGAAAGUGUCCAAAGAUGGUUGGAUUUCCCUUUGGACUGGCUGGACUCCUACUCUUCUUAGAGAUGUACCAUUCUCAGCAAUGUACUGGUAUAACUAUGAACUUUUAAAGAAGUGGUUGUGUGAGAAAUCUGGUUUAUAUGAACCCACAUUUAUGAUCAACUUUACUUCAGGAGCAUUGUCUGGUUCUUUCGCAGCUGUUGUAACUUUGCCAUUUGAUGUGGUAAAAACACAAAAGCAGACACAACUUUGGAUGUAUGAGAGUCAUAAAAUUUCUAUGCCUAUGUCAACCUGGGCUAUAAUGAAGAACAUUGUUGCUAAGAAUGGGUUUUCUGGAUUAUUUACAGGCCUAACUCCCCGUUUAAUUAAAAUUGCUCCUGCUUGUGCCAUCAUGAUCAGUACAUAUGAGUUUGGAAAGGCUUUUUUCCAGAAAAAAAAUACUCAAAAACAGCAGUAGUGAUGCUGCUUCAACUUGAAAUAGCCAUGGCCAAAUAAGAUGGAGACUCUUAGGCAAGAGCCUUUCUUUUUUCUUACGAUUAUUUUGUAUCUUUCUUGCCGAUAAUUUAAAUGAAUAGAAAUUUCUACCUUGACUCUAAAUCAUAAUCCUUAUUUUAAAAUAAAUUGUGUAUUCCUAAUUUUUGAGAUAGUGAAAAAGAUAUUUCAGAAAUCACAACCACUGAGCAUUUUAUAAAGAGAAAAACAAUUAUUCCUUAACACUUGGAACUUGAGAGUUUGAUAUUAAAGAUCCUGUGUUGUAUACUGAUACUGCAACAGAGAGUGGUUUACUGAUUGUAUUAAAUGUUCACUAAAGUCAAGCGUGGGUGUAGAAUGGAAAACAACAUUGUACUUAGACAAGUAAAAAUAAUGUUUUGGCACAGAAAGGUCAUCUGGUUUCAGCCAUGUGAUAAUUCAUGUGUCACUGAGGAGUCCUCUAGGUCGCUCUAUUGGCUUGUUCUGUUAUAUUUGAUAUUAUUAAUACAAUGUCAGUUAUAAAAUAUUUCCAGAAUUUCCCUUGAUGAUAUGCAUCUCACAUUAGUAUGCUAGACAAGAGACUACACAUACAAUUUCCUUGAAGAAAUAGCUUUUGGUCACUAUAGGCUAAUGCCUAAGAAAUUUAGCCUAUGACUAUAGGAAUGAAAUAAAAAGAUUAUGGCAGGACAAGAAAUGAUAUUUUUUAAAGUAUUUGUUGGAUUUUCUUAGGAUAUACAUAAGAAAAGCACUUUAUUGCAAACUAUGUGUAUUUUAUGAAAAUGUGAAACAUUUCCCCCCUAAAAUAGGUAAUAUAUUUAGGUGUUAAAGCUCUGAUGUUCACAGAGGAAUUAAUGUAUUUGUAUUAUAGUAGAAAAAAAGCUUAUAUGUUUUACCAGAAAUAAAUUAUAUGGGAUUUGUAUGUAACCUUUUGUUUUUAUCCUGUGUUGAUUUACCUUAAAUUUGCAACUUAAAUAUCCAUAAAAAUAUAAUUAUUUUAACUUAUACUUUCAUUAAAAUAUUUUGCUUAAGUUAAAAUUAUCACUGUACCUUUAGCUAAUAUUUUCAUAAAAUGUGUGUAAGAAUGUUUGUCUGGAAAACUGCUGUUUAACAGUAUUAAAUUUACCUUGGUUUUGCUAUGCUUCUUUUGGUAACUUAUUGGUAGAAAAGGCAGAAAAUUGAGAUUUAGAACUAUGCUUCAAAAAGCAAUCACAUAUUUCAACUUACUAUCACAUAAAUAAAUACUGAUUGCACUUGUGGGAAAUUCUUAUGAUUUAUGACUAAAAUAACUUACAUAUAAUUCAAUAGUAGUUUUUCUAAUACAUAUUACAUGCAGUGUAUCCGGAUGAAAAAACGAAAGCUUCAGCUUUCUCUGUACUUAAGUAGUAAAUAAGCAUAAAUACUUUUGUUUAAAAAAAAGAAAAAGUAGCAACCAAAAAGAGUUUGGCUAGAAAUUGUGUUCUUGGUAAUGUUGCUGAAAGGAAACUUUCAUUUUAUUAAUGAUAAAUUUUCCAACAUACAUAUUUAUGUGUACAUUUUUAAGAAGAAAUGUCUUCUUCAAGUAUUAUGUUUGCUACUUUUCAUAUAAUACACAUUUGACUUUUUAAGAGUACAGAAUUCUAAUUUUUCUUUUAUUUCUAAGAAAAUUAGUCACUAUACUUAAUCACAUAUGACUCCUUUAAAUUCUUCCCUCCUUUUUUACAGAGCACAAAUCCAGGGAUGUGGGAAAACAUAGUCUAUCACUUUUGAACUUUUUUCCACAAUGUAAUCUGUCAUUCAACACUUAUUGAGACCUUUAAUGUGAUAGGCAGUAUGAAAAACACUGGAGAGAAGAUGUUUCAGAUGUGGGAGUAGGUGAGGAGGGUGUAGGGGGAUAAAUGGUGAUGGAAAAAAGGUAACAAAACUGUCAGAAACUGUCACUGGCCUCAAGUGGAUUUGAAAACUAUGAUUCAUGGAUUCUCCACUCAGCCUGGGGGAAAAGAAGGAGUGGGCAGGAAACGCUUCUAGGAUUAGGGCAGAUGAUGCAGAUUAAGUAUACCUGGAAGCAGGCAAUGGGAUAUGUCCCAGUUUGAGCAACGGGUAUACAUGGCGAUGUGGUAGGAGAUCAGAUUGGGAAUGUAGUCAGAGGGUUGUGUGCCAAAGGAGAAACAAGAAGACAACAGGAGACAAAGGCAGUAUUUUUGGUACAGCUCUAAUACUUACAGAGUUGGGGUAUUGGUUUUUCCCCCCGAAGACCAUUUAUUUUUAAUGAAAGAACAUAGAACAGAAAACACCAGAAUGUGUCAUGUAGUAAGGCCAAGUGUUGUGAAAUUUUGAUUUUAGUUGUGUUUUAGAAAAAUAACUGACAGUAUGGGAAAUGUGACAUAUAAUAAGGUAACGUAUUUUACAACAAUCUAAAGUUUGGUUUAGACUAAAAUAUGAUUUUAAAAGGUACUAUUAAUGACACAUAUAAUUUUAUCUCCCCCUUCCUAUCCAUUAAAAAGAACAAAUGCUGAACCUACAUAGAAGCUGCUUUGCUUAGAGGAAGAGCAAAGUGAACUAACUUAAAAAAAAUUAAGAGCCCUGAUUUUCAAAAGCAGUCAUGUGACAUUUCAGAUGUGGAGAUUUCACCUAAUGAUAGGAACUUUGCAAAGAAUUUCUAUAAGUUGUAACUGUGAGACAUUUUUAACCACUUGAAAACUUGUAUGUAAAUCUAAUAAAGAUGACUUACAAACUGA